GACUACAAUUUAAAGCGCAAACGUGUCACCUGAUUCUUGUCUUGACAGCAAGUCACGAGUUCUGUCAGUUUCAUCGGCUGUAGAAGACAAGAUGAAAGCAACUUCAGCAAUUGUCGGCAUAGUUUGUCUAUUUAACUCAGUCUUUGCAAAUGGAGAAUUUAGCAUCUUGCAUAGUCCUAAUGGAAUCAACUUCAGGGGAGAUGAGCAGCUGAAUACAAGUGAAUUGCCUAAGAUUAUUUCUACCGCAAUGGGACAUACUACCCCCUCCGGAGAUUCGUGGAAUGGAUUAACAGUCCUAAAUCCAUUCAACUACCCAGAUGUUACAAUUUCCAUUGUUGUUGAAGGUGUACAGAGCCUUCAGCUGAGUGAACCCAGAUAUCCACUAGAAAUCACCUCUGACCUUUAUCAAGUGAAAAAUGACUUCACUUCAAUUUUAGGCCAAGUAGUAUUUGAUGAAAAUGAUGUAUAUUCGGGGGACAUCCAACAAAAGCUACCACUUCAGAAACUUGAUGAUAAAGAUGUUGCAGUCUUAGAGUUUCUUAAAGAUGUGGGUGUUUUAAUGGAUCUUAAACAAAAGGUACUAUCAAAGUCUCCAUUGAAGACGGUUUGGAUUCAGCUAAAUGGUCUGGACGAUAUAGUCCGUGUAUAUGGUCGGGAUUCUGAACAAGCUGUUGAAGCAGUAACUGCUCUAAAAUCUGCCCUCACAGAGUUGCAAGAUGCUUUGGAAGGCACUUAUGGAGACAGGUUCAUGCUUACUACCAUCACAAAUGAAAGACUUCGUCUUCGGGAAAAGAGGUCUACUUCUAACGCCAAAGCAAACAAUGAGCUGUAUUGGAAAUUGAAUUUGUCCAAGCGUUAUGGUACAGAUUAUGCUUCCAUCUUUAACAUCCUUCUGUGGACGUCUGUGUUCUUGAUUGCGGCCCUUAUUUCUACCGCAGUGUUUAUUUGCACUCUUGAUCCCGGUCGUGAUUCCAUAAUCUACCGAAUGACAACGCAGCGCAUCAAAAAAGAAAAUUAGUACAAUCACAUUCCGGUUCUUUGUUGGCUUCCGCCUCUCAUAAUAAUUUAGCAUGUAAAAAAAUGUUACUGUGUUUGGUGUACAUUUUCUAGCUUUCUGUGUUUUUGUCGUAGCCAUAAAUUGGUCGUUUUGCGUGUUAUUACACAGGUAAACGAAA